AGUGAUGCCUCAGAUGUUGACGAUGCUGAAAUGUUUGCGAUGGAUGAACGGCUGGCGGCCGCGUUCAAAGCAAUGGCUCCAAAGAAAGAGAAUAAGAUAGCUGCACAUAUGGCAUCCGUCUUCCGAUUAAAACUAGCAGAUUUGCUGUUGUUCACCGUUUCCUCGCAAAAUACCCCAUUGCCGUCGAAAGUGUAUAUGAUGAUACCAUUGCUGAAGUUGGCCAAACAGCAAUUGAAGCACGAUGUCGAAGGCCAUAAUUCCAGAAAGACCAUUGGACUGCUUAACAUCAUUGCUAAACUGAAAAAAGAAGUGUUUGUUCCGAAGUCCAAAGUCUUCCUAAAGGCUGGCUUUAACCCUGAGUACCGAAUAUUCCGCAGGACAGAAGCUAUCUUGUGUUUGGCUGGUAUGAUGGUCAAGGGAGUUCAGCAUAAAGUAUCAGUGGAGAAAUCCACGGUAAAAGGCAUUGGGAAAUCGUGCACAGAGUAUUUCAACGCCUCAGUGGCUGAACCUGAUGCACGACAAUUGGAUUAUUUCGCAAUCAAGUUCUUUAAUUGA